AUGUUUAAGACUUCUACUUCUUUAGAUACCAAACAAUACGAUACGUGUAUUUAUCUUUUCAAAUGGAAGAUCUGUUGUACAAAAAUCUUUUCUUUACCAGAUACCAAGUGCGAUCGUUUCAUUCUGGGACGACACUUUCCCGAGUAUGAUGAUUUUCAAUUGCUGUACUCCGUUCCUGACUGUUCAUUGGUAAGUGCGGCAACCACAUCAAUUAUGUUUUCCGAUAUGUUGCAUCUUCUAAAAGAUAAAAUAGAGUCUGUAUUGAUUGAGAUGAGACUUACUGAUUCUGCCCAUAAAAAUAAAUAUGCUGGGAAGUGGCAAAGGCGUCAUAGCCUAUUGAGGCGUUCGCCAAGCAACGAUCAUCUCAUUUGUAAAAAAUACGUUUAUGAAGGCGAGCAUUUUGACGGUGACAUAUUUGCUCCUACAAGCAUCACUGAAAAUGUUAGUUCACUAAGUGCUGUAACCAACUGCUUCGUAAUUACUGAAAUAAUUGAGAUCAACUAUUUGGUUCAAGUACAUUACCAGAAUUUCUUAGAGACUGUAAAGGAGCAAUUGCAUAAUAUAACAAGAUCUGGAAAUCAGGAAGCAGCUUUUUAUAUGCGGAAUAUCCCGGAUGAUGGUCCUUAUGACAAUCUAUUGCUACUCAAAAAGUGGGCAUUCAAGCGGAUACCAAAUACUGAUGAGCAAGUUGCCCUUUACACUUUUCCAAUAGGGAAAACGUCUGAAUAUCACCUUGACAGAAAGGGGCUAAAUGGCUUUAAUCCUGCAUUGACUUACGAUGGAACUGAUUCCGUGAAUUAA